GGGCGCCGGGGCCGCCCGGCCCUACUGCUGCCGCGGCCCGGGGCGCCCCCGGCUGCCGGUGCCAGCGCCGGCGGGCUGUGCUUGCCUUGCAGAUGCCCGAGGAGGCGCAGCAUGGGGAGGAGGUGGUGGUGGUGGUGGUGGAGACGUUCGCCUUCCGGGCGGAGAUCGCCCAGCUCAUGUCGCUCAUCAUCAACACCUUCUACUCCAACAAGGAGAUCUUCCUGCGGGAGCUCAUCUCCAACGCCUCCGAUGCGCUGGAUAAGAUCCGUUACGAGAGCCUGACCGACCCCUCCAAGCUGGACAGUGGCAAGGACCUCAAGAUCGACGUUGUCCCCAACCCCCGGGACCGCACGCUCACCCUGGUGGACACUGGUAUUGGGAUGACAAAAGCUGACCUCAUCAACAACUUGGGUACUAUUGCUAAAUCUGGUACCAAGGCCUUCAUGGAAGCCCUGCAGGCAGGUGCAGACAUCUCCAUGAUUGGGCAGUUUGGUGUGGGUUUCUACUCAGCCUACCUGGUGGCUGAGAAGGUUGUGGUUAUUACCAAGCAUGAUGAUGAUGAGCAGUAUGCUUGGGAGUCAUCAGCCGGAGGUUCCUUCACUGUACGGACUGACCAUGGUGAGCCUAUUGGACGGGGCACUAAAGUGAUCCUGUAUCUGAAGGAGGACCAGACAGAGUACUUAGAAGAGCGACGUGUCAAAGAAGUGGUGAAGAAGCACUCCCAGUUCAUUGGCUAUCCUAUCACAUUCUAUCUGGAGAAAGAACGUGAGAAAGAGAUCAGUGACGAUGAGGCAGAAGAGGAGAAAACUGAGAAGGAAGAGUCAGACUCCAAGGAUGAGGAGAAACCCAAGAUUGAGGAUGUGGGCUCUGAUGAAGAGGAGGAGGGAGAGAAAAAGACCACCAAGAAGAUUAAGGAAAAGUACAUUGACCAGGAGGAGCUGAACAAGACCAAGCCCAUCUGGACACGCAACCCUGAUGAUAUCACCCAAGAGGAAUAUGGCGAGUUCUACAAAAGUCUCACCAACAAUUGGGAAGACCACCUAGCUGUCAAGCACUUCUCUGUAGAAGGGCAGCUGGAGUUCAGGGCCCUGCUCUUCAUCCCACGCCGUGCCCCCUUCGACCUCUUCGAGAACAAGAAAAAGAAGAACAAUAUCAAGCUGUAUGUGAGGUGUGUCUUCAUCAUGGACAGCUGUGAUGAGAUUAUCCCUGAGUACUUGAACUUUAUCCGGGGUGUGGUGGACUCAGAGGACCUGCCUCUGAACAUCUCCCGUGAAAUGCUUCAGCAGAGUAAGAUCCUCAAGGUGAUCCGUAAGAACAUUGUGAAGAAGUGCUUGGAGCUCUUUGUUGAGCUGGCAGAGGACAAAGAGAGCUACAAGAAAUUUUAUGAGGCCUUCUCAAAGAACCUUAAGCUGGGCAUCCAUGAGGACUCAACCAACUGAAAGCGCCUGUCAGAGCUGCUGCGCUACCACACGUCCCAGUCAGGUGAUGAGGUGACUUCGCUUUCAGAUGUGUCCCGUAUGAAGGACACACAGAAGAGUAUCUACUACAUCACAGGGGAGAGUAAAGAGCAGGUGGCCAACUCAGCCUUUGUGGAGCAUGUGCAGAAGCGUGGCUUUGAGGUGGUGUACAUGACAGAGCCAAUUGAUGAGUACUGUGUGCAGCAGCUUAAGGAGUUUGAUGGCAAGAGCCUGGUAUCGGUCACCAAAGAGGGGCUGGAGCUGCCUGAAGAUGAGGAGGAGAAGAAGAAGAUGGAGGAGAACAAGGCCAAAUUUGAGACCCUUUGCAAGCUCAUGAAGGAAAUUCUGGACAAGAAGGUGGAGAAGGUAACUAUCUCAAACCGGUUGGUUUCAUCUCCCUGCUGCAUCGUCACCAGUACCUAUGGCUGGACAGCCAACAUGGAGCGCAUCAUGAAGGCCCAAGCACUGCGGGACAACUCCACCAUGGGCUAUAUGAUGGCCAAGAAGCACCUGGAGAUCAACCCAGACCAUCCAAUUGUGGAAACACUCUGCCAGAAGGCUGAUGCUGACAAGAAUGACAAAGCUGUCAAAGACCUGGUGGUACUGCUUUUUGAGACAGCUCUGCUCUCCUCUGGCUUCUCCCUGGAAGAUCCCCAGACCCACUCUAACCACAUCUAUAGGAUGAUCAAACUGGGGCUUGGUAUUGAUGAAGAUGAAGUGACUGCAGAAGAGCCCACUGCAGCUGUUCCAGAUAAAAUACCUGCUCUGGAGGGAGAUGCAUCCUGCAUGGAAGAGGUGGACUAAAGCAGGAGGAGGGCUUUUAUCUUUCCUGCCAGGCCUCCUCUUCAUCUCAUCUAUGCUCAGAGAGGGGGGGGUCUGGUACCACCAGCUGCUGCUGACUCCUUGGUGAUGUCUCAUUUGGGAGGAUUUUUUUUUGGAGGAGGAGGAGGAGGGAGGGGAUGUGUAUUUGUCAGUGGUAAGAUGGGCAGCCCCAGGCUUGUCUGGUCAAUGUCCUUCUGCUUGUGUAGAAACAGCUGAUGAGAAGGGGAGAUGGAAGAGGUUAGGCUUCCUUUCUCUCCACGCAAUCUCCUGUUUACCAGUAGGCAUCAAACACUUCAAUUUACUGAGUUGGGAAGAGCCCUUCCUCUAAGCUGCUGACUCCCUGCACCUCCAGGGUAGGAUGUUGUAUUUUGGUUGCUUUGGUUAUUUUUUGAUUAUUUUUCUGUUGUUUUGUUCUACUGGAAUUAAAGUAUCAGAAUGUGGUUUA